UAAACCAGUUAGUCGGCCGACAGAGUAGCACGCGUGAACAAGUGAAUGACGCUUCGUGUGAGCUGAAUAUCAAUUGAAGUUCAAACGGCUUUUUAUUUCACAAAAUACUUCGCACAGCGGGCACAAGAGUGAACUCACGCAAAAAAUAAAAUAUAAUUUAACAGAGCCGAAGCAGAAGCGAAGCCGAAGGCGUAGUGAAGUGCAGUGCGAGAAGCGCAGUAGAUAAACGCAAAUGCAGUGUGCUAAUGUAAUAGAGAACACAGCAAAAUACAUGCAAGAAUAAAACAUAUUAGCAAAAUAAAAUAUGCAAAUCUGUUGAGCAUAGCGCUGAACAGAGUUACUUAAAGCGGGAGAGACAGAGCUCACAAGUGUUGUGCGACGGACAGCUACAUAGAACCCAAACCAAAUGACUAUGACUUCCACAGUGCUGCAGCGCCCCACAGCAACAACAGCAACGACGACAGUGGAAAAGCAAGCUGCAAAAGCAACAGCAACAACAGCAAGAAGAACGCGCUCCACCAUGGCCUGGUCGCAUGAGAAAUUGCGUUUCUCAUGCAUCGACAACAUUGGCCUGAAGCAGUUAUGGAAACUGAUUGCAUUGGAUACGGCAACGCCGCCUGCCGAAAAGUCUGGCAAUGCAGAGCACCAGCAGCCUAAAGCAACCAGCAACUGCAACAAUAACAGCAACACUGAGCGCCUAGCCAUAGCCUACGAUAACUGCGACAGUUUGGCCGACUAUUUGAGCCUGCAAAGAGGAGUCGCUCAGGCCCGACUCGUGGAGCCAUCGAUGCCCACGACACAGCAGCACACGUCGCUGCUCAAGUUCUUGGCCAUUAACGCAUUGGAACUGAGUGCCCCUGCCACACCCUUGCUGCUGGAACAGCAACAGACGCAAUCCAAGCCACACGGCUGGAUGCAGCUUUCCGGUCAUCCUGAGAGCAUCGUGCCUACCUCGUCGGGCAUUGUGCGCAAGAGGAUCGCUGGCAUCGAAGACAGCGAGGUGUUGGCCUAUCAGCAAAUCUCGCAGGAGCCGAAGACCUCACAGAUUGUGCCCGCCUACUUUGGAUUGCGGGAGCUGCAGGGACAGCAUUAUAUCGAGCUGCAGGAUCUGCUAGCGGGCUUCAAGGAUCCGUGUGUGAUGGACAUCAAGCUUGGUAGUCGCACCUUUCUCGAAUCAGAGGUCAGCAAUCAGACGUUGCGUCCGGAUUUGUAUCAGAAAAUGAUUGCCGUGGACGCCAGUGCACCGACGCCUGCAGAGCACGAGGCUCAGGCGGUUACUAAGCUACGCUACAUGCUCUUCCGCGAGUCGUUGUCCUCGUCGCACACCAAAGGAUUCCGAAUUGAGGCGCUGCGCCUGCGUGGACGUGCACCUCUAAAGGAUCUCAAGACGUGCCGCAGUAGCGAGCAAAUCUCACAGACUAUCGAGCAGUUCCUUGCCGCACGCAGAUCCGUGCAGAAGGAACUGCUCAAGCGGUUGAAGCACAUGCGCCUGGUCAUCGAGCAGUCGGCGUUCUUCAAUCGCCAUGAAAUAAUUGGCUCUAGUUUGUUCAUCGUCUACGACGACCAUCGGAUGGGCGCUUGGCUCAUUGACUUUGCCAAGUCCCGGCAGCUGCCACCACACCUGUGCGUCAAUCAUCGCAGUCCCUGGCAGCCAGGCAACCGGGAGGAGGGUCUGCUCCAUGGCAUGGACGAGCUGAUCCACGCCUUCGAGGAGGUGUAUGCGCGCAGCAGUAGUCAUCGCAGCUGCUUGAAAAUCUGAGCAACAGGCUCCCAGUUUCAGCGUGCACCAAUUGCUACGCAUUUGCCCACAGCCACGCCCACCUAUAGGCACAUAAGACUGAUUUGCACGUCGCCCAAAAAGAGGAGAGGAGUACGAAGAGCAGAAGGCCUUCAUUGCAUGCGACGCAUUUUAACUAUUUUCCAUAUUGGAAGCAAAACAUAAGCGCCAGAUCUAUCUAUACAUCAUAUAUACAUACAUAUAUAUGUAUAUAGAGAGAACGAUUAGUAUUGAGCACCAAGCAGCAUUUUGUUUGAUUGAAAAACAGGUUUAACUUGAUUAAGUAUUUAAGUUUAAGAGAGCAGGAGAGA